GUAUUGCAGCCUCCUCUGGUCCAGGCCAUCUUCAAUCGUAAUGCUGAAGAAGUUCAACUAUUAUUGCACAAAAAGGAGGAUGUCAAUGCACUGGACCAAGAUCGCCGUACGCCACUUCAUGCUGCUGCCUGUGUGGGUGACGUCCAUAUAAUGGACCUCCUCAUUGAAUCAGGUGCCACUGUAAAUGCUAAAGACCAUGUAUGGUUGACCCCGUUGCACAGGGCGGCUGCUUCCAGGAAUGAAAGGGCAGUGGGUCUGCUGCUGAGGCGCGGAGCAGAGGCAAACGCACGAGACAAGUUCUGGCAGACACCGCUGCAUGUGGCUACUGCCAACCGCGCCACACGCUGCGCAGAGGCCCUGCUAACCCAGCUGAGCAACCUGAACAUGGCAGAUCGCACCGGCAGAACUGCCCUGCACCACGCAGCUCAGAGUGGGUUCCAGGAGAUGGUGAAGCUGCUGCUGAACAAAGGGGCCAACCUGAGUGCCAUCGAUAAGAAGGAGAGACAGCCUAUCCAUUGUGCUGCUUACUUGGGGCAUUCAGAGGUUGUGAAGUUGCUGGUGUCCCGCAGUGCAGACAAGAGCUGCAAGGAUAAGCAGGGCUAUACACCUCUCCAUGCUGCUGCUGCAAGUGGUCACAUCGAAAUUGUGAAGUACCUACUGAGGAUGGGGGCAGAGAUUGAUGAGCCCAAUGGCUUUGGAAACACUCCGCUCCACGUGGCUUGCUACAUGGGGCAGGAGGCGGUGGCUACCGAGCUGGUGAACCAUGGAGCUAAUGUUAACCAGCCCAACAAGUGCGGCUACACCCCUCUGCACCUGGCUGCCGUCUCCACCAACGGUGCCCUCUGUCUGGAGUUGCUGGUCAACAAUGGGGCAGAUGUCAACCAGCAGAGCAAAGAAGGGAAGAGCCCCCUGCACAUGGCAGCCAUUCAUGGACGCUUCACACGCUCUCAGAUCCUCAUCCAAAAUGGUGGGGAAAUUGAUUGCGUGGAUAAGUAUGGCAAUACUCCUCUCCACGUUGCUGCUAAGUACGGCCAUGAACUGCUGAUCAGUACUCUGAUGACCAACGGAGCAGACACGGCCAGACGUGGGAUCCAUGGAAUGUUCCCCUUGCACUUAGCUGUGCUGUACGGGUUUUCAGACUGUUGUCGCAAGUUACUCUCCUCAGGUCAGCUGUAUAGUAUAGUUUCAUCUAUGAGUAAGGAGCAUGUACUAUCGGCUGGGUUUGACAUAAACACCCCUGACAACUUUGGGAGGACCUGUCUACACGCUGCUGCCUCUGGAGGAAAUGUUGAAUGUCUGAACUUGCUCUUAAGCAGCGGUACUGACUUGAAUAAGAGGGACAUAAUGGGAAGGACACCGUUGCACUAUGCAGCUGCUAAUGGGAGGUACCAGUGCACUGUGACCCUGGUGAGCGCUGGCGCUGAGGUCAACGAGCCUGACCAGACAGGCUGUACUCCCCUGCACUACUCUGCUGCCUCCCAAGCCUUCAGCAGAGUCGAUCGUCAUUUUUCUGGCAACCAUCAGAACGAUGAGGAUGAGGCGAAGGAGUCAUACUUCUGCUUGGAGCAUCUUUUGGACAAUGGUGCUGAUCCAUCCAUGGUCAACUCAAAGGGUUACAGUGCUGUCCACUACGCAGCUUACCAUGGCAACAAGCAGAACUUGGAGUUGCUCCUGGAGAUGUCUUUUAAUGCACUAGGAGACAUAGAAAGCAGUAUUCCAGUCAGUCCGCUGCAUCUUGCUGCUGACAAGGGCCACUGGCAGGCACUGCGUGUGCUGACGGAGACUGCGGCCUAUGUGGAUAUGCAGGAUGCUGCGGGCCGUUCUGUGCUGUACUUGGCUGCACAGAAAGGGUACGCCCGCUGUGUGGAGGUACUGUUGGCUCAGGGGGCCUCCUGUCUCCUCAAUGACAACCGCCUCAUGUGGACUCCAAUUCAUGUUGCAGCUGCCAAUGGUCACUCAGACUGCCUGCGCAUGAUGAUUGAUUAUGGGGAGGAGGGGGAUCUCACCAACGUUGCUGACAAAUUUGGCCAGACCCCUCUGAUGCUAGCUGUUCUGGGAGGUCACACUGACUGUGUUCACUUUCUGUUGGAGAAGGGUGCCUUGCCAGAUGCCAAGGACAAGAGGGGCAGCACAUCUUUGCACAGAGGGGUAGCCAUCCUCCUUCACCGGGCCAAGGCUGACCUGACACUGCUGGAUGAGAACAGGAACACUGCCCUGCACCUGGCCUGCAGCAAGUUUAUCUGUCAAUCAGGCCACACCCCAGCUCUGGCCUGUGCUCCUAACAAGGACGUGGCUGACUGCCUGGCUCUGAUCCUCUCUACCAUGAAGCCUUUCCCCCAGCGGGACCCUUCCUCCUGCUCCUGCUCCUCUCCCACCGUCUCCCCCUCCCCGGGUCUCAACUUGCUGAAGCACUGCGGCAUCACCGCCACCUGCGCCCCCCUGCCCAGCAACGGCCUCCACAACGGCUACGUCAAAGACCGUCACGGUGCACCGGUCGGCCUGGAUGGGUGUCUGUCUGAGUGAGGUCACGUGCCCCCCUCAGUCAGCUGCUAUCACCAUCAUCACCACCAGGGGGGGACUCCCUUUAACAUGGCCCCGAGGACCAGGAGAGCACCCACCCACAUGUCUGUUCUGUGUAUGUAUGUGUUUGUGUGUCUGUGUGUGCGUGAGUGUUUGGUCUUCUCUUGAGGUGCAGUCAAACCUAAUAUGCAAUUAGAUCCCAUUCCUCCAUCUCCUAGUAGUGCUUAAUAUGUAGGGGCGGAUUGCUCUACAAGGUCACUCAGAUAAAGUGUGGCAUCCAAAACAAACACUAGCAAUCUGGCCAUCUCUAAAUCAUUUAACCCUUUAAAACCAUGUUGAGACAAUUAUAUAACCGACAUCUAAGAGCAUGGAAAUCGCUGUAUCCUCGACUGUCUUUCUCUUCAUAUCAUUCAGUAUAAAAGUCAUAUCAUGUUUAAUCCGUUGUGGUGACCUUGUAGAGGAACAUACAGCCUUCCCAAAAGAAUGAUCAAAGAGUUUCUUUGUUUGUUUUUUGAUUUAUUUUUUUCUUUCUUUUUUGUUUUUGUUUUAAUUGUCCGUUAGCCUAGAUUUUUAUGAAGGAACCACACAAGGGAAAAAUCUAAAUUUUGCUUAAGAGUGCAAUGCUUGUGUACUACAGUACAAUCCGAAAAUUUGGAAAAGGGUCACAAAGAUGUUAAUUCCAUAGUGUACUUUAAAUGUACGGCCUAGAAUUGUUUGGCAUUUUAAGAUAAUUUGGUAAUGCUGCUGAAUACAUUAGCAUGUCUCCUUCCAAAGGAGAGCCAUGUUUCAGGUCAGCGCUGUAACAUCGAUUUGUUCUUAAUGCUGACUUCAUGUUUUAAAGAUGCUAAAUAAGUGUUUGUUAAGCUAGAAUGUUUCUAAGCAUAUAACUUAUGACCAAAGUUGAUCAACACUAUUAUGGCUAUAAAUUAUUUAUUUGAGAUGAACUGUACUGUAUAGAGAAAGACAAUAGAUCUUGAUAUACCUCGUCAACUCGUUUAGCAGCUGCUUCAUCUUCACCCAGGGUCCGUAGGCCUAAUGUUCUCUUUUUGUAGGACUAGAGAACUACUGUAGGAUAGUGACUGACUGAGGCCUUGUUUAUUUCUAGAUGAAGGCUUUACUAGUAAUAUCUGCCAACAACACCUCAUCAAAGCGUCAUAUAUCUGAGCACAUAAAUGAACAAGCCAUUUCAAUUUAUUUCCCAUCUCUUUAACAGUGUUUUUUGGAAAAGAUUUCCGAAUUUGAAUGGCCUAAUUAUCGAAAGAGAGCAAUCAGUUUUGGUUUUUAGGCACUCAUGACGUUUUUUCUUUUGUGUUUUUUGAAGUUGAACUGGCCAUUAAGCAUUGUGGUUUUAACAAGCUCUCACUAAAGGAGUAUUUUGUGGAGCUGGUAAACUAGUCUUAAACAAAUAAUAGCUCAUAUCUCAACUUCUCGGUGGUCAGCUCUGAUCAAUUUGAACAGAUAAAGAGUAUUGUCUGCUAUUUUUAUUGGGCAGUUUUCAAGCAAUAUUUUCUUUUGGCCUUUUUGUUUAACAUUAUUGAAUAGACAAUCACUGUCACAAGGGCUUUUGUUUCCCUGGAAUGUGUUUGAUUUUUCUUUCUUCUUUUUUUUUUUUUUUUUGCGUUUUUAUUGUUUCAUGAAAAAUUACCUAAAGACUAAACGAAUGGCUCUGUGUGUGCCGGGCAUUUUACUGUCAGUGUCAACACAAAUGCACUGGAUUGCCUUUAUGGCAUCUCAUGAAAUGCCUUUUGACCCAUGCCUUCCGUAACACAUCAUUUCAGUUGGAUUGCGUAAUGGCAGAGUAUGAUGAGCCCUGAGACUGAUUAACUUUCCACCCAUUUGAUAGCAACAGCAUUGAACCACAGUUGCACCAUAUUAUCUAGUGGAAAACAAAUUGCCCGGCAUAUCUUUAUAUGCCCCGGCAUUAUCAAUGACCAGGGAGCUGAUAUCCCUUAUAGAAGAAAAUAGGGCUAAGAGGAAAAUGAGAGGGAUCUUUGCUUAGGCCAAUACCUGUUGUUUAGAUUUCAGGAAUAGCAGAAAUCCAAAUAUGUGCUUUUUUGGUGUUCAUUUUGUUGUCUCCUCAUCCCAUUUCUGGUACUAAGCAUACUAAAGAUGAUUGUAUCGGACCACUAGAGCUGUUUGUGACUUUUAGAUGUUAUAUCUAUGCUAUUUUGUCGUUUUUUGUUUUUGUUUUGGGUUAUUUUUUUUUUUUUUUUUUCAAGACCAUCUGCUGGUGGUUAAAUUACACUGAGUCAGAUUGUUUUCAUUGAUGUGAUAACUUCAUAUCCACUGGUAAUGAAGUGGCACAAUUGCACACAUUAGUUGACUGGAUGAGAGAUGAGGACCUAGACUAGGCUAUGUUGUUAAAUACCCCCGCGAAAAAGUCUUUAGUGUAUUUUACUUGAUUUUCUAAAACUGACUAAGUCCAUUUCAGAGCAGUAAUUUCUCAGAGUUAGUGUUGUAGAUUUGUAGUUGGCAUUUCAAUUGACCUCCAUUAUUGAUUGAAAUGAAAUGGAUCUAAUUUGUGACCCCCAGCCUUUGUUCCCUUGAUCAAUUUAUCAUUUCUACGAGAAGUUAUAUUAUUAUUAUUAUUAUUAUUAUUAUUAUUAUUAUUAUUAUUAAUAUUAGGGAUAGGUACAUAAUUUGUUUUGUAAUCUCAGGACCUGUGCUGAAGCAGCGGGCAGAAUUUAUUAAUCCAAUCAGAUCUCAGCAGGAUGAUUAUGUCUACAUUUUUGUUUGAUGGGAUGUUCCGUAAUUUAAUUCCUUUUUAACCCUAAUCCCACAGCACUUAAUUAGAUAGUCAAGCACGCACUUUAGUACAUUCAGGUUCUAAGUGUGCAAAAUAGAGCAGAUGUAAUGUAUGUACUUAUGUUUACAUGCAUGUGUGUUGCUGCUGAAUACAGGAAGGUAGGGUUGCAAAAGACAAGCAAAGGCUGCAACAAAAUUGUACUCUAACAAUGCAUUACUUAAAAAAAAAAAGUGUCUCUAAGUACUUUGGGACAGUGUCCACUGCCCGCUGACUUUCUUUGUGUUAUCUAUUUCUGGGCAACCAGCCCAAAAAAAAAGUGACAAGGUUACAUUACCCAGCCUACUGUUAAUAAUACAGACUUUGGCCUAAGUCACUUAAAGUCAGUCCAGUGAUUCAACAGACACCUCAGGCAGACUCCUCAAAAUACUCUACAUACUCUCUCUGCCAUCUGCAGGUGCUGUCUGUUUGGGCAGGGAUUUUUUUCUCUUGUGAUGUCCUUAUCUGACCAGUAAAUGGAGCCAUUGCCCCUGCAACUAUACAAGUUGCAACUGAAUCCUUUUGUUGUAUCACAGUAUUCUUAUACAUGCUUUUUUUAUUUGUGUGUACCAGUGAUAACUGAGUGAUUGUGCAUGGAGCUAGAUCACAAUUUUGAUAUAGUAACGGUUGAACAAGUGGAGCAUAUACAAUAUAUCUGGUGUCAGAAACGGAAAGCAAUGAAAGGUCCAAUUGUAGCAAUAGAGAGUGUAUGUAAUCGUGUGCAGCACAAAUAUUGCACUGCCAUCCAUUUAGGCCAAUUCAGUAAAUCAUAGCAUAAAUGCCAAUGGAAGAUUUAAAUGCGGGUUAGAUGUUAUAAUCUUUGGUCACAAAUAAGGCCUGUUUUGCCAAAAUGUGUCGAGAGAGGAAAACCUUAGUAAAGCAGCAAUGGAUUUAUGCAUAUGUUCAAGCAGUUUACAGUCUGACCAUCAAAUCUGAGCCAUGAAUUUUCUGACUGAAAUGAAUGUAGGGUCAGUUUAGAGCAGGACAACUUGCUUUCUCCCGACUUUAAACUGUUGCUCUUCAUUUGUCUUGCGUAGAUAUGAUUAUACAGGUAGCAUGUAAUAACUAAUUCUCUACAUAUUAUACAGUAUGUGUAGUAGUCUUCCUGCAUUGAGGGUCUGGAUAGGUUUUGUUCUUGGCAUUAUUGUUGGAGUAUAGGCCUGCUGUUGUGUAAUAUCGCUCUUCUUUCUCUAUACAUAUAUAUUUGUGUGGAGUGUAGCCUACAAGGUAAACAGAGGACAAGAGUUCAGAUGAAUUUAACAUUCAUGUUCAUCCAUUCCAUUGAGAUUGCCUUACAGUACAGUAAAACAAGAGGGACGAAAAGGUCUACAGUAGAUAUGAUCACACAUACUCGUAAAUAGCCUAUAUUUGACAGAAAUGCACCUAAGCUACACCCAUUUAGUGCCAUAGAAACCUUUAUUUGCCUUUAGACAUAAAUCAUACUUACUUGGUCAGUAACUUAUUCAGAAGUAGGCCGGAUUAUUACAGUUUUGUGUUUGGAGCUGCAUGUGUUUUCACCAAUUAUAUUAGUCAAAGAAAAACUAUAUAAAUAUUUGCAUGGGAUAUUAGUACUUAAAUGCAAGUAUUCUGUUUAAAAUUUGGUGUCGGUAGAAGUCUGUUGUAUAAUUGGACAUUUUUGAAGAAUAUAGUUAGUCCCUUUGGUAUUGGCAAAGCAAUCCCUAGGUUGUGUGUUUAUUUAACAAGAUGGUUUAUAAUGUGUGUUACCAGGAAAAAAAAACAUUUUUGAUGUCCAAAAAAAAGCUUGGUAUAUACAAUAUAGAAUUGAUUUGCCUCAAUGGAUGUCUCGGUUCUUACUUGAAGUAAAUGGCAAAUUUCAAUUCAACUCUCUGAUCCACUGUUGAGCCUUUUGCCUUAAAAGCUGAAAAAGGAAAUGAUACCUGGCAGUACCUGAUAAGUUGCAUCACCUGUAGAGUUAUGCUACUUGGUUGGAUUGCUAAAAAUAAAUGAAUAAAAAAUUCUUGGCUAAUUUUGGUCUUACAGACAUCUUUGGGUGUCGAGAAGCACACAAAUCAAUUGAGGUAGCACAUAGCUCAAGGUUGCCAUGGUGCAGAGAUUGUUCUGAGAGGUUAGGAUAUCGCCAUAUUUGCCACUGUGAAUGAAUGAAUUCAGAAUUCACUCGUAAACAAUCAACUUUGGCUUCUCUGUCAUCCAGAGCCAAAGGACACUGGGGAUAAAAGUGGUGUACCUCAAAAAAAAAAUAUUGAUGGAAAGGAAAUUCUUAUGAAAAAUGCUUGUACAGCUAUGCUAACAAAGAGUUAAAAAAUUUUGUGAUCCAUCUUGUCGUGGGUAGUGUAAUUCUGCUUAAACCAGCCUAAAUCAGAGAUGUAUCUAUGCGGAAGUGUUAGAUUAGUGUCGGCAGAUGUCUCAUGUUUCCUACCUUACAAAGGGGCAGCGAACUGCACCUUGUACUUUUUAUUGGACCUGCAGUUUUACCUCAUCAGUGAAAUUUUGUGUGAUGACGCUGACAUUUAUCCUCUGUGAUUUCUUCUCGUUUUUUCCUGAUGCCAGUCGUGUAGAUUUCUCUUAUAGUGUGUGAGUGACUUUUCAAUAUAUGCAUGUCGAACCUAAAAACAUGCACAAGUCCCUUUUUUUAGAACAGAAAAAGCAUAGUUACCAUGAUUCAACAUGUUUCUCUUCAUUGCAACCAACAGAUGAGUCUGUUAUCAAGUGCAGGUCAUAUAGGGUAAAGGGUACAGUCUAAUAUAAGGUGGGGAAUGAAGGUAGCUAUAAAACUUUACCUCUGUAAGUCAAAACAAUACAAUUUUACUGUAUGACUAAUGCUAGUUUGACCACCUUCCCUGCCUGAACACUUGGUUAUUAAUCCCCCCCACCCACCAAUAGGACCUGUGUAAUAUCGAGCACAGUGGUGGCAUGGUGCCUUUUAUUUGUUACUACCGAAAGGUACGGUCUUCCAUUUGUAUUUCCCAGAAGCCUUAUAAUGGGAAAAAGAAAUUACACUGAACAUACACAACUACAGUGGAUAGGCUCAUAUUCCCUCUGAGCGUGAUUAUUUCAACCCUAUGUGAUCUGAGUUACAAGGAAAAAAAAAAAAAAAGCCUGAAAAACUCUUCCUGUAUUAGUCCGGAUUUCAUUAUGCAUUUGCGGUGACUGAGUGCUCCCUUUUGGGUGGCAGAAUAAAUUGCACAUUACUGAUGCGAUUUAGGGCACAUCAAACAUUGAAUGGAGGGGGGAUCAAUAGUAUGAAAGCACAAAUCCAAAGAAGGCACCUCGGGGCUCAGUUGGCUCUCCAAACACCAAGGAGUGAAAAGAGCCUAUAGACCAAAUUUAGGCAAAGAUGAGAGGAAAAAAGACACCCGACUCCUCUGAGUGCAGAAAACAUGAGGUUUCGAUUGUCAGUAACACACCAACUGUAGAAAGACCAUCGUGGUGGAGUUUCAGAGCUUCUUCUGACUGUUCUUCUCAACUCUAUUCAUCGACAAUUAGUAACUUCACAAUACAAACCAAGUUGUGAAACGAUGCGGUACCUGCGCUCAAGAUCAAGUUUAGGCAAGCUGUUGUGACUGUGUUGCAAAUUGAUUGUAGAGAUUGUUUUGUGUUUAUUUAGGGUAGACUGACUACAAGUAGGGUUGCAGUAGUAGCUGUGUGCAGUGUUAAUAACAGUGUGAUUAUACUUAUAGAAGUGACGUAACAUUUGUUGUCUUGCCACGACAUUAAGGCAUGAAUCAUCUUCUCUAAAGCUGACCUCGUUUGAAAUAGACAAAAGAUAAAAAGUGCAAUAACCUUUUGUUUAUCAUUGCUUCCUCAGUUGAGAAAAAAAAAAUUAUUUAAUAUGCCCUUUCUGUUAACACCAAAAGUCACUCGUCUGUAGCAAAUGAAGGAUUUCAAGUGGUCCUCUUGUUUGUAUUCAGAGAGGUGGCAUUUGAUAGUGGAGUGAUAUUCCAUUCUUAAAACUGUGAUCAAUGUCCAACUUUAAAAGCUGCCUGCUCAGAGAAAGGACUGUGCACAAGUUGACUGGUAGAUAUGAGUAGGUGCUUUUUUUAUUUCUUUUUUUUUUUUAUUUUUAUGGAUGGACUUUGAUAGUAUUGUAGUUUGGACUUCUGGUUUAUUAGCCGGUAGACAGGUUCAUUUGCAUGUGUAGAUGUGUAUAUGCAUCCUCUUCCUCCUUGAAUGAAAUGUUUUCUCAAAAAUAUUUAGACCUGCUGUCAGUGAUGUAUGCGGAUAAAAGGAAAUAUGAAAUGCCUUAUAUUUGUUUUCAAUGUUAAGCAUUAAGGGUUCUACGUGUCCCUCCCUUUUCAGCGUGUAGCCUAAAGCUUGUACAGUUAAGAAACUCAUGAGAUUUAUAUCUACUGUAUAGCCUAUGUGUUUUCAGAAUUUGUUACUUGGAGGUCCUGUGAUUGUGAUUUUAGAGAAACAUUCCCCUUGAAAGUGCCGUUUGUUUUCACCAGCAGAGGAUGCGUCUUUGGGGUGGGGGCUGAAAUGUAUUUACACGAAGGAAAACAAAUGUUCGAAACACUUUCCAGUGUUUACUGUUGAACCUGUUGAACUGAAUGACACAAAGUAUUUGUGCAGGUGAAAUAAGGCAGCAAUCUUCUGAUGGAGCACCUUAUCGACUUGCUCCUUCUGUGAGCCCACGAUGGAAAUAGUCUCACUACCGAGCUUGAUUACUCUAAAGCAGAGCCAUAUCAGAGAAUUUGCCCAUUAGGAGCCCCCUUGAAUGUGCUAUUAGGAAUAGCCUACUGUAGGAAAGGAUGUAUACUGCAUGUUCUGUGACAUUUUUAGUAGUGGUAGUCCCUUUUCAUGUUUUUGUUUGUAGUCCGCUUCACUGUAGAUGUUGCCAACUCAUUGCAACUCACAAGCUAUUAACAAUCCUCUCACAACUGGACUUGAAGCAGGCAUUGAUCUGCUGCUGAGGCAGCCUUAAUUCAUGACAAAUUCAAAAGAAGAAAAGUGAUUGAUAAUGGGUUGCCUGUUUUUACAUUGAGUGGCUUAUCUAAGGUGAAAUACAAAGGAGCCCUUAUUAUGAGUGGAAGGACUCUGAAUCAGGGCAUGUGAUGAGUUACAAUCAAAUAGUUUCACAGUGCACCUUCACACACACACACAAAAAGAAGUUGGCUCGUCCACCCAACAUUCCAAAGUUGAUUUCAUUUUCCACAGUCCUGUCCCACUGAUUGAGGAAAUCUUUUUGCUUUUUUGCUGGUGAAUGAAGUGGGCAUGUGUGUCAAUGACAGGGUUCCCUAUUUAGCCUAACGCUGAUUACCUCAUUUACAAAAUCUGCAAAUAUACUAUUCUACUGUGUGUAAAGGAGUCAAUGCCAUCACCAGCAGCGUGGUCUCUAGACCUGUGAUGACAACAGGACCAAUGAAGUUAGCCAAUUUUAGAAUAUGACCAGUCGGGAAAUAUAGGGUUUAAGACACUAUUCAAAUUAUUAUUAUUAUUUUUUUGUAAGGCAGAAUGGGCCUCUAAGAUUUCUUCAGUUAGUAAAUCACCACAGCUGCUACACCAGUCUGCAUCUGGAGCAAUCAGGAGAGAUACAGUUUUGAGAUUUUUGUUUCUGGGAUGUUUUUUUAAUUUGGUGGUCAAAUCAAUAUUGCACAUUACAUUAUUUUAAAAAAAAAUGAAGGGGAAAAUUUCAACGCUACAGUUGUUACGCAACCGCUCCUGAAAUGCCGACUGGAAUAGCAACUGUCGGCACUAGCAUGGUUCAAGAAGUCGAGCCGAAGCCUGGUGUUUCUCGCUAUUAUUUUAAGUGAACGAUCAUGUUAGCAUCACUUGCUGUUUUUCAGUAGCAUUUCUCCUACCUCCUUGUUUUGCAGCCUUGAGUAUUGUUUUUGUCUCUCCACCUGUUCUGACAAAAAAAAAAA